UAUCGUCCCUCGUUCGACCACCCACUUUCGUUUUGGAAUUCUCCUCCCCCCCUCCUCUCGAUUCUUGGGGGUUCAGUCAAACCUAUCAGUCGCUAUUUGUUGACCCAUUUCCAGCCACUCGCUGAGAAGGGUCCUCGCGUGAUUCUGCAUGUGCUCAGCCUUACACCAGUCCUGAACGAUCAAUCGGAGUGUGCCUCUCCGCCCAACACACGACCUUUCACCCGAGGCUUGGCGGACAUUAAGCCUCCUUCGCUCGAAGGAGAUCCCCAAGUCGCGCCUCCCCGUCCUCGUUCUCACUUGUCUUCCUCGGGCCAUCUCCUCCCCCGGAUCAUUCAUCGUUAGGCUGAAAGAGGCUGUGGAGGCUUGUGCCUCAGGUCCCGUCAUCGUCGAACCCGCCAAGUUCGAGAUCAGACCUCCUAAACUGAAGUCCUCUUAUAGGGUCGUCUAAAAUAAAACUCUCCGACCCUCUUUCCCCGCCCGUGGGUUUCGGCUCCUAGACUCCUUUUCUGCAUUUUCGCCGCCAUACGGUGGUCAGAACCGUCAUAUUGUAUCCCAGAAGCGAGACUCCGGCGGACACGAGCUCCGUAGCGGAGCCUAUCACCAAAAUUCAGACCAACAAUUCACGCGCCUCCCUCCUUGGAGGUUCUUUUGACCCGGCAUUUCGACGAGGCGGUGGUUUUCGAGGGCGAGAAGGGUACGCAAAUGUGCCCCCGCACACUAAGAAACGCAAGAUGUAUAGACCAAAUUCAAUGUGGACGUGGUCCUUCUGUAUUGUGACCCUUUUCCAAGCAGUCGUCACACUCGCUCUAGAAUGUUACGUAUUCGCAGACUUCCAACUCAAACUCUAUGAGAUAGCCGUCAAUGUAACGGCAUCCAAAACAAUUCCGACCUUUUUAGCACUGUACAGUUUCGGUUUCAUCUAUGAGUUAGUGCUGGUCUACGACGCACUGCGCCUUAAAAAUACCAUUCAAGUCAUCGGGCUGUGCGUAUGCAACGUUGGCCUAUUGAUCUACGGUGCCGUGCAAGUGGAACAAAUUAAAGAUGCGAUCGGAGUUUUGAAUGACAAUACAGCCAUUGAUCCGGCUGUGUGGGGACAAAUCAAGCCUUUCCUGAUCAUCAUCCCAUGCGUUGUGGCCAUGGGCACGCUGCUGAUGAUGAUCGUGGCUUGGAAAUUAUACGAUGAAUUUGCGUGGUCCAUCUACAAGCACAUCAGCGCUGAUUUGCGAAUGAAGCGCCGAUACCUCACAUACCAGAUCUACAUUGCGCUCCUCAAAUUCGACUUCUUCUUUUUCCUCGGAUUUACUGUGCAGUUCGUGGUCAUUGUCACUAACCGGCACGAUGCCGAGUUUGCGCUUACUCUGGCGGCUAUCCCGGUCACAAUCUUGAUUUUGUUAGCUGCUGCUCUUUUCGUUCGGCGCGAAAGUUCUAUUGGAAUGAUCGUAAUCAUUCUCCUCUACUUUGCUGCGCUGGCAUAUUUCUUGUUCAAGCUGUACCGCAUUUACGACAAGAACACGUACCAAGAAUACCUCCAAGCGCAACGCUCCUUGACGUUUUUCGCCGUCAUCACCCUCGUUCUCAUCGUUAUGACUAUUAUCAACGCUUGCAUGUGCAUGCAUAACUUCCACAAGGGCUUGAAACCGCACGUGAAUAGGAAAAAGGCCCGCAAAGACGAGGAGAAGACCACGGAGCUGUCUUCAAACAUUGCCGGCCAAGCUUCUCCCCGUGCUGCUUCCCCCCUGACCUCUGGUGCCGAGUCUGGCCCAGACUCCAAGGCUUCUGGUGCUGGAGCUGGAGCUGCUGGCUCUGUUUCUUCCAUCGCCCGUACCUCCUCUCCCACUCCCCCCGGUGGUCCUCGAGCUGCUUUGCGUCGUCGCGCGGCUGCCGACCACAAGGAGUCUCUGCGCAAUGCCAGACCCAGCUCGACUCGCGCUGCCGGUGCCGGUGGCUCUUCUGGUACCAUGCUCAAGCUCUACACUGACGAGAGCCCUGGCUUGAGGGUUGACCCUGUUGUCGUCUUGGUUCUGAGCUUGGGCUUCAUCUUUUCUGUCGUUGGUUUGCAUGUCAUCGCCAAGAUCACUCGCAAGUUCUCCUCGUGAGCAACGACUUUGCGUCUGCUCUCGCCAUCACUCUCCUGCCUGCCUCGAGCGACAUGUGGUUUGGCUGAGUGAGGUUCUGAGUGAGCGGGGCUGUUUUGCUAUGCGUAGCCGGUCCCUGCUCCUGGAACGAUUUUGGCCAUUCUGAGAGGGUCGCUUUUGGCGGGUUCACUCCCAUACUCUCUUCUACCCUUUUGAAAUAAUAUACCCCAUGGUGUCCGUUGCCUAUCCGUUGUUGUCCUUGUGCGCGGGGAUCCUUGAAUCGAAUCGUCCGAUACUUCGCGAAGUUGAGUGUUGAAAGCCUAUCUGCAGCAUAGGUUGGGAAGGUGUGCUGGUUGUUAUGUUACUGUUGGAGCUGCCUCCAA